UUGUGUAUUGCGAUUGUGGUGUUUGCAUCGAGUGGUCCGAAGACGGGGAGUACGAAUGCUGCUCAAGGUUUUGCUAUAAUCUCUGUGAGUAGUUGCGUAUGUAAAGUGUCAGGAAGCUGGAGCUGACGAUUAUUGUAGGCGAUAAUGUCGAUCGCGUACGUCACACUUCAUAUGGUUGCGGCAAAACAUAAUGAUCCUGUUGGAAUCACAAGGCCUCCGGAGUUGAGGCUUCAUGCUGCUUGCUUUAUAAUGGCGAGACUGGCGUUGGUUGCGUGGUUCAUGGCCUUUAUUGCAUCGUGUGUUGUCAUAUCAAAGCCGGAAGCUUGCUUGGUCGAGAGUCAGGCGUGUCAAACUCAAGUCGCGGAUGUCGUUGCGUCGCUGGUAGCAUUUGUCGCCAUGGGAAUAGUUCUUACAGCACUCGAAGCCUGCAAAUAUCCCUUCCAGAUACCCGACUUCCUGCACAUAUCAAGAAGAUUUACAUACCGAGUCAGUGCCUUCGCAGAAGAUCUCCUGGAUAGAAGUGUGUCACGGACCUCAUCGCUUCGUGGCCACAGUGAGAAAAGUAAAGCAAGCAGCCAGAAGUCGAGCGUAGAUGAGAAACCUUUGCCCAAGCCGCCGUCAGAUAUCAGCGAUGUAUCACCAACACGACCAAUUACACCGUUGUUGCCUAUGGCAAAACCAGCAAGGUCAGCAUCGACCACCUCGAAAGGUUGGGGAGAAGAGUGGACACACCUAGUGAGAGAAAUGAACGACGGAAAUCCAGAAAAGAGCGGCGCUAAGAACUCGUUGGAUUCUGCCAUCUCACUCACCUACGACAGCUCAUCGGGGUAUGUGAGCUCAUCAGAACGAAGCUCACAUACACGCAUGAGCUCAUACGCAUCAACAUACAGACGAUCAGCCAUUAUUGAGGGAGGCGCAUAUGUAACUGCUUCGCGGCGAACAGGUGUGGAAAUGAACGCAUACGCUUCGGGGUCCAGACGUGCGCCAGUCGCCAGGAGGCCACGUCCAAGAGUGGUGACGCCGAGCAGUAGUAUAAGCAACAUCUCUCGUCGAUCACCACUUUCCACCAUGAGGUUGGUGGACUUUCACGUGACUGCAGUAUCUGCUAACACUUUCCCAGAUCUGCCGAGUUCCCAGAGAUGGUUGUCCGACCAGACUUGAGAUACUAUCCACCCAGAAUUUCAUCACAGCAUGAAUGGAUUCCGUCAAGGUCGUCUUCAAUCUCGGCACUUAUGCCAAUAGCAGAUGUGCAGCGCCUCCGACGAACAUCCAUGA